UGAGGGAGGGAGAGAGAGGGAGGAUCCAGCUGCCUGGGAGUUCUCAGCUGCGGCCACCGGGCAGGGAUCCGAGCUGCAGGGGGAGGUGCCAGCCUGGAAUGCUGGCAUCCUUUGGGGGCCUUUGGAGACUGUGGGGGACCAGCCUUCGGGGUGGCAGUGCCCGUGGGUGAGAAGCGAAGGGUGAGAGGGGCAAUCUCUAGCUGCAGCCAUGUUGGGACUGUGGGCAUUGCCGCAGGGAUCUGGGCAUCGGCUUCUGGAGCUGUGCUUGCUGGGCUUCUGCCUGAUCUUACUGGGGGAUGCCAAGAGGCCCCCCAAGACUCCCCCAUGCCCACCCAGCUGUUCCUGUACCCGGGACACUGCCUUCUGCGUUGACUCCAAGGCUGUGCCCAAGAAUCUUCCCACUGAAGUCAUCUCCCUGACACUGGUGAAUGCAGCCUUCUCGGAGAUCCACGAUGGAGCUUUCUCUCAUCUGCCACUUCUUCAGUUCUUGUUACUCAAUUCCAACAAGUUUACUCUGAUCGGAGACAAUGCUUUCAUGGGACUAUCCCACCUACAAUAUCUCUUCAUUGAGAACAAUGACAUCUGGGCACUGUCUAGGUUCACCUUCCGAGGACUCAAGUCUUUGACACACCUCUCACUAGCCAACAAUAAUCUUCAGACACUGCCCAGAGAUGUCUUCCGACCCUUGGACAUCUUGAGUGACUUAGACCUUCGGGGCAACUCAUUGGUCUGUGACUGCAAAGUGAAGUGGUUGGUGGAGUGGUUGGCAAAUACCAAUACUACUGUGGCUCCCAUCUACUGCGCUAGCCCUCCUAGGUUCCAAGAGCACAAGGUGCAGGACCUGCCACUCAGAGAGUUCGACUGUAUCACAACUGAUUUCGUGCUGUACCAGACUCUGCCUUUCCCUGCGGUGUCGGCUGAACCUUUUCUUUAUGCCAGUGAUCUCUACUUGGCCCUGGCCCAGCCCAGUGCCAGUGCCUGUACCAUCCUCAAGUGGGACUAUGUGGAACGGCAGCUUCGUGAUUUUGACCGAAUUCCAGCUCCUUCAGCUGUGCACUGUAAGCCACUGGUGGUGGACGGCCAGCUCUACAUGGUCGCAGCCCAGCUCUUUGGGGGCUCCUACAUUUACCACUGGGAUCCGAACACCACCCGUUUCAACAAGCUUCAGGAUAUCGACCCCGAGAGGGUUCGGAAGCCCAAUGACCUGGAGGCCUUCCGCAUCGAAGGGGACUGGUUCUUUGCCAUAGCAGACAGCUCCAAGGCAGGAGCCACCAGCCUUUACCGCUGGCACCAGAACGGCUUUUACUCCCACCAAGCCCUGCACGCGUGGCACCGGGACACCGACCUGGAGUUCGUGGAUGGCGAGGGCAAGCCCCGGUUGAUUGUUUCCAGCAGCUCCCAGGCUCCCGUCAUCUACCAGUGGAGUAGAGCCCAGAAGCAGUUUGUGGCCCAGGGCGAGGUGUCCCAGGUGCCCGACGCCCAGGCGGUCAAGCAUUUCCGAGCCGGCCGGGACAGCUACCUGUGCCUCAGCCGCUACAUCGGCGACUCGAAGAUCCUGCGCUGGGAGGGCACCCGCUUCUCCGAAGUGCAAGCGCUGCCGUCGCGAGGCUCCCUGGCACUUCAGCCCUUCCUUGUGGGCGAAAGGCGCUACCUGGCCCUAGGCAGCGACUUCUCCUUCACCCAAAUCUAUCAGUGGGACGAAGGCCGGCAGAAGUUCGUGCGCUUCCAGGAGCUGGCAGUACAGGCCCCCCGGGCCUUCUGCUACAUGCCGGCUGGGGACGCCCAGCUGCUGCUGGCUCCUAGUUUCAAGGGGCAGACCCUGGUGUACCGCCACGUUGUGGUGGAUCUUAGUGCCUAGGGAGGAGCCCCGAGCGGAGAUUUUUCUGUAGAAGACACUGGGAGGUCCCUGUAGUCCGUAUGUAACAGUGGGGAGACACAUGUGACCAGUGUUCAUACAUGCAUAUAGAUGUACACCCCAGAAACAUGCAUGUGCACAUAAGAAACACAAGGUAACAUGUGGCCACACGUCUGAUGUACAAGAACCGACCUAAAUAGAACUAUACACAAACACACCUAAACGCAUUCCCAGGCAGAUGCAAAAUGCACACAGAGGUGUGUGCAGGCCCCCCCCCCCCCAAUCUCACUCUCCUGUAUUAACAAGUCCACUUGUCUCCAGCAUCUGCACCCUGAGUGGCUAUCUGUGCUUUUCUCUGGCUCUCCCAGGCUCCCAUACUGAUGCCUCAGAGUAUUUCUUUAACACAGUUAGCAUUUCUGCUCUCAGGUGGCUAAACCCUUCCUUAGCUGUGUCUGAACCCCGACAACUUGUCCCCCCCAGCCCAAGGCAUCCACCCAGUCACACCCAAAGAAACACCCCAGCCUUAGCUUCUGUUCACAUGAGUGUGCAUAGGGACACACACACACACAGAGACUCGCCUACGUAGGGUGUCUGCUUGUCUAGCAGGGCUUCCACUCCAUUCCCUCCCUUGGUUUGCCACAGAGGAAGGACCCAGGAAGCUGCAGUGCCCCAGGGAACCACAGCCCAUUCUGCCUCUGCUCACCCACACAGCUGGGCCCGUUCCCACUGUUAGCCAGGAUCAAGACGAUGGGAACAGCCCCUGUUUGCGCUUGAGCCGCUCCCACUCCCACCAAAAGCAAUAAUAAACCCCAGGCUUUUCCUGGUGCUGCUGGUGCAUCCCCCAGUUCUUUCUGAGAUGCAGGGUCCCCUCCUGCUUGCAGGGGAUGACUAAGAGCCUGGUAGCAGAACACUGAGUCCAUCUUGGCUCAAUACCAAUCUGUCCUCACCCUGGAGCCUGCCCAUCUGUUUAUCCUGAGCUGCCCCGGGCUGGGUCUGUCUUGGGUAAGAGGUGGGGAAGUUGGCAGAUGGGGCAUUUGUAUCUACUUGCCUACAGGCCCCCAGCACCAGAGGGGCCAAGCUAAGCUGGGCAUUUCCUGGGGCUCCUGCAUCUCUAGCCAGAAUGUCUCUCGGGUGCUGUGCCCUUUGGGGAGGGCCAGGUGUGAGUGAACAGCCUAGUGCUACCAGUCUGAAGGUGAGGGCACCCAGGUGAUAAGCUUCUGCUGCCACCUUCUGGGCACUUUGAAUAUGAGAAAACAAGGGGUGGGCUGUGGUAAAAGGAGGGAGGGGGCUGCUGUCUGCUGAGACCCCCCAGAGCCUACAAUAUCAAUGAUCCAGAUGGCUCAGGCGUAAAGCUCGGAUUCACCUUUUUUCCAAUAAAACCCCUCACCUUUC